ACACGGACACACACACACACACGGACACACACACGGACACACACACGGACACACACACACACACACACACACACAUACACACACACACAAAAUUGAAACUAAAACAUAACUAAAUGAAAGUGAAACGAACAAAAGCAUUUAUAAACCAGCAAUCAUCUCUGAGCGUAUCAUAACGGUGCCAGUGUGGUGAACUGAAAUUGGUUGGACAUGUCUUCAUUCGAUUCGGCAGAGGGAGAAUGUAAUGGUCUAAACCAGCACUAUGAAAAGAAAGUACGUCCAAUCAUUGACCUAGUGGACACUCUCAGGGCAUUAGGUGUUGAAAAGGACCUGAACCUGCCUGCUAUUGCUGUCAUCGGUGACCAGAGCUCAGGAAAGAGUUCAGUGCUGGAAGCCCUGUCUGGAGUGGCGCUGCCGCGGGGAAUAGGUAUUGUGACUCGAUGUCCUCUGAUUCUGAAACUAAAGAAAAUCACAAGGGAUAAAAACUGGUCUGGAUUGCUGACAUAUAAGGAUCAAACUGAAAUACUCAAGGAACCAACGGGAAUAGAGAAUGCUGUCCUGAAGGCUCAAAUUGCGUUGGCUGGAACAGGCGAAGGGAUCAGCCAUGAAAUGAUCACUCUGGAGAUCCAGUCAUGUGAUGUUCCUGACCUCACUCUCAUUGACCUGCCAGGUAUUGCUAGAGUCGCCACUGGCAACCAGCCAGAAGACAUUGAGAAACAAAUAAAAGAUCUUAUUGAAAAGUUCAUCAAAAGACAAGAGACCAUCAGCUUGGUUGUGGUGCCUGCAAACAUUGACAUCGCCACCACUGAGGCUCUGAAGAUGGCAUCCACAGUCGACCCAACUGGACAAAGGACUUUAUGUAUUCUGACCAAACCAGAUUUAGUGGACAGAGGAAUGGAGGACACGGUGGUCAGAACAGUCAAUAAUGAAGUAAUACGCCUAGAGAAGGGCUAUAUGAUAGUCAAGUGUCGAGGUCAGCAAGACAUCAACGACAAGCUUAAUCUGGUUGAAGCUCUGGAAAAAGAAAGAAGAUUUUUUGAUGAACAUCCUCAAUUUAGUUCUCUUCUUGAAGAUGGAAAAGCUACAAUUCCCCUUCUUGGACAAAGACUCACAGAAGAAUUGGUUGAACACAUUGCUAAAAAUGUGCCACGUCUGCAGAAUCAGAUUGAGAUGAAAUUACAGAAGACGUUUGAACGUCUCAAAGUACUGGGAGAGAGUGUUCCUGAUGAUGAUGAAAUAGAGCUGAACAAUUUUCUGAUUAAGAAACUUCGCCAGUUCAUGGAUGCCCUUGAAGAAGUUAAGAGGGUCGAAGAGGAACCUGUAAAGUCAGACACAAGGGUCUUUUCCAAAAUCAGACAGGAAUUUGUAUCAUGGAAACACAUCCUGGAUUCCAAACCCAUUAAGAUGUCAACGGAUCUACAAGAGUAUGUUAGGACUCACAGAGGAAAGGAGCUUCCUGGAUUUCUAAACUAUGGAACUUUUGCUGGCAUUAUUAGGAUGCAUGUUGAGGACCUGGAAGAACCUGCUUUAAAGCUGCUUAGAAAUGCCAAAGACAUUGUUCACUCCUCUGUGGGCUCUAUUGCUAACAUUCAUUUUAAUGGUUAUCCUAACCUGUUGUUGGCUGUAAAAGAGCCAAUAGAAAAAUGUCUUCAUGAGCAGUUUCAGAACGCUGAGGAAAAAAUACGUUCUCAGUUUAAGUUGGAGAAGACUGUCUACUGCCAAGACGAUCUCUACACUAACCACCUAAACCUUUUAAGACCAAAAAACACAGUACGUUUUGGGCUGGAGGCUUCACUUGGCAACUCAGAGUUACGGGAGACUGCAUUCCAUCUCACCUCCUAUUUAACGAUUGCCUGUGAGCGUCUGGCUAACCAGAUUCCACUGAUAGUCCAGUAUCACAUGAUGAACGAGUACAACUCUCAGCUUCAGAAUGCAAUGCUUGGCCUUAUUGGAACAAGCGAUCCAGGAAUGCUGCUCUGUGAAGAUUCUGGUGUUGCCCGUAUUAGAAAAGAUCUGAAAGAGCGACUGGAGCGCCUAAAGGAUGCAAGAAGAGCCCUGCCUAAGGUUGUGCAUUCUGCAAAUUCAUGGUAGAGCUGUCGCCUUACAGCAGGAAGAUCCCCAGUUUGAGUUCCGUCUGGGUGUGAAAUUGGGAGAGUCCCCAUUUUCAAAAAUGAAAUUGCUUUUUCUUCAAUUUUACAUUCUUUUUUUAAUAUGAAACGGUUUAUGUAUGUUUUUAUUACUUUUUAAUUAAAACCAAACCUGGUAAUGAUGUUAAUUUUAAAUCCAUUUACUGUUUUCCAAUAGAAACAUUUAAAUCAUGUUUGUUCUUUGGUCCACACUAGUUUGAGUCCUGGCUCGGUCAGUUGUCAUUUCUGUGUGCUUUGCAUGUUCUUCUCGUCUUGACGUGGAUUUCCUCUGGGUGCUCAGGAUUCCCCCACAGUCCAAAGACAUGUGAUAUAGGUGAAUUGAAUAAACUAAAUAGGCCGUAGAACGUAAAAUCAGUGUGUAUAGAUUUUUCCCAGUACUGGGUUGCAGCUGAAAGGGCAUCCGCUGUGUAAAACAUGCUGAAUAGGUUGGUGGUUUGUUCUGCUGUGGUGACCCCUGAUGAAUAAAGGGACUGAGCCAAAAAGAAAAUGAAUGAAUGAUUUAUGUGAAAGGAUAAAUUGACAAUCUUAUCACAAAGCUUGUUAUGUUUUACUUAAAGCUCUAUUAAACAAUAAGACUAAUCAUUCUCAGUGUGGUCUGUGGGGUUUCUGGUGUGAAUGACACAGGAAAGCAUAGUUUAUUGUGGAGCCCAAAAUAAUAAAUGAAUGUUAUCUGUUUAACUGUUGUUUCAAAAUAAAAAUCUACUGGUAA